AUGUGCGGCGUGUGGACCAACCACGGAAAUGUAGGGCAGAAAGGGAGGGGACGCCGAUACCAGAGGCAGAAAGGUUUCGUGUACAAAGUGUACAAUCCGUCAGCUGUUCAACUUAUCCAUCGUCAAGUUACAUGAAGGUGUUUUAAGUUCAAGUGAAGCCCAUUGAGUUCCCGUUAAGGUGGGAAUGUGCUGUUAAAUCGUUAUUAUUUUGGGGGGAACCUUUUAGCUGCGUGCCUCAUUUCCACACGGAAUACUGUCAGACCGGGACCGUAAAUAUACCGUCGUAGCUGCUCCUGCGCUCCGGCAGUGGGAAACAAUGAAGAUUUAAUAAAGAAUAUCACCAUUUCAAUGAAACAAAUCGGUAUUUUCACUCGACGUGAAAGCAGAGCCGUUAAGUUUGCUGGUUCCGGUGUGAAAGUGUGAAGAAAUUCAGUGAUGGAUUCGUGUCGGCGGACAGGACUCAGCGGGGUCCUGUGCUCCCUGUCACUGCUGUGUGUCAUCUUGGACAUCCAGCUGGACGGGGUCUUAGGGGCAACUCAUGUCGAGAUCGAGCACCACCUGGAGAUGGGCCGCAAACUUUUGGCUGCUGGUCAGCUGGCUGAAGCCUUGUCCCACUACCACUCUGCUGUGGAGGGAGACUCUAAGAAUUACCUGACCUACUACAAGCGAGCUGCAGUGUUCCUGGCUAUGGGAAAAUCCAAAUCUGCCCUGCCAGACCUGACCAGAGCCAUUCAACUCAAGCCUGACUUCCUGGCUGCCAGGUUGCAGAGAGGGAAUAUCCUGUUAAAGCAGGGCAAUACAGAGGAGGCCAGGGAGGACUUUGAAGCAGUGCUGCAGCGCUCCCCAGACCACGAAGAAGCUCAGGACCAGCUGCUGAGAGCAAACGAGCUGGAGGAGCUGCAGAGGGAGGCCCAUGCUGCGUACCACCAAGGGGACUAUAGCACUACCAUCACCGUGCUAGAGAGAGUCAUUGAGAUCUCUCCUUGGGAUCCGGAAUCGCGGGAGCUUCGUGCAGAAUGUUACAUCCGAAUGGGAGAUCCACAGAAAGCCAUCCAGGAUCUGACACCAGCCACGAGGCUACGCAAUGACAACCGUGCUGCCUUCCUGAAGCUCAGCAUGCUGCACUACAGCCUCGGAGAACACCACGAGUCACUCAAUCACAUCCGAGAGUGUCUGAAGCUGGACCAGGAUGACAAAGAGUGUUUCAGCCACUACAAGCAGGUGAAAAAGCUCAGCAAGCAGCUGGACUCGGCUGAAGAGCUAAUUGACAUGGAGAGGUAUCAGGAAGCCAUUGAUAAGUAUGAAUCAGUGAUGAAGACAGAGCCUAAUGUCCUGUACUACACCAACCUGGCCAAAGAGAGGAUAUGUUUCUGCUUUGUCAAAAUAAAGUUGGCUCCGGAGGCGAUAGACGUGUGUUCAGAGGCUCACCAGAGAGACCCCCGCAACGCCAAUGUACUCCGAGACCGAGCCGAGGCUUAUAUCCUCAACCAGGAGUAUGAGAAAGCCGUGGAAGACUACCAAGAGGCGAAAGAGUUUGACGCCGACAGCAUCGAUAUCAAAGAAGGGCUGGAACGAGCACAUAAACUGCUCAAAAUCUCACGUAAGAGGGACUACUACAAAAUCCUCGGUGUCAACAGGAAUGCUAAUAAGCAAGAGAUCAUCAAGGCAUACAGGAAGCUGGCACAGCAGUGGCACCCCGACAACUUCCAGUCCGAGACUGAGAAGAAAGAAGCGGAAAAGAAGUUUAUCGACAUUGCGUCAGCUAAAGAGGUCCUCACUGACCCAGAAAUGAGGCAGAAGUUUGAUGCAGGUGAGGAUCCCCUGGACCCGGAAAACCAGCAAGGUGGAGGUGGAGGACAGGGCUGGCCUUUCCACUUCGACCCCUUUCAGUCUGGAGGCAGCUUUCACUUCAAGUUCCACCAAAACUAGAGAGGAAGGCUUAACGAACACGAGGGGGGAUAGGGACAUUUUACGAUGGAUGGGACAUUGGGGGAAGAUCAGUGGUGGAUUUAUGGAGAAGUCUUCCUCAGAACUUGUGCUUCAGUUUGGACAGUUUUGUUGGUUACUUGAACCUUUGAUUUUUAAUGCUUUGGGUGCACAGCGGAGGCUUGAGCUGUACAGUGAGAAAAUCUGGACUUCUUACCACAAAAACUAAGGAACUUACUGUGGCUACUCUUGAAUGAACUUGUCGCUGUGGUUGAAGAAAAUGAAGUCUUGCGUCAACACUUAGGGAUGGAAAGGUGGUCGAUGUGGGGUGUCUGCUCUUAUUACUCAUUUUCUUUCUUUGUGCCAUUCUUUGAACCUUUAUCAAGGGGCUCUUUUUUAAUGCAGUAGCUCCUGCUUGGACAUUACAUAGGAGGACUGUCAGUGUGUUGGUUUCUGCUCGCAGUAUUCUUUAAAAGGAAUUACAUGUUUACUGAUCUCAGUCUAUAUUUUUGACCAUGUCAAACAUUCUCUGUACUAGACAACCAAGAUUUUAUACAUGACAUCAGGAGGCAUUUUGUUGAGCUUCUACAUUAAUGGUAAGUAGGUGAGACAUCAACACUUUGAAGGGCAACUUGUAGGUGUUAAAGUUUUGAAAUCCUAUGGAUCUUGAAUCAAUGCCACUCUGAUUGUUUUUAAUUUUUUUAAAUUCCCUUUUUGUUUUCUACAGCUAUCUAAUCAGAAUAACGUGUGACUUCUGUAUUUGGGUGGAAAUAUUAACAGACUUUAUAUACAGCUGCAAACAUUAUAGAUGUAACUUAUAAUGGAAACUUGCUUAAAACACAAAUUAACAUGGUCAACUGAAAAAAAGUUAAGUAUUCUGGACAAAACCAUAGUAAUUGAUGACUGAAUCAAUUGUACUAGAAAUUCGCUCUUUCCCUUUUCACUCAUUUCAAAGCAUGUCUUUGAAAACUUGCACUUUUAUCCUUUGUUUGAAAAACCACUCCACAUCUUCUCCACUCCUGAAAUGUUACUGUAGGUUUUUUUUUUUUUUUUUAAAAGCCUUUCAAAGACUCUUUACAAAGUGUGUCUUCAAUGGCUAACUAAGAGCCUCAUUUAUACAAAGGUCUUACAGAAAGGUUCACAUCUUAAAUGUUGUACUGAGCAGGAGCUGACAUGGUACGUUAGUUACAGGUCUAGGGAACUACUGCGACAUAUUGUAUGUAAUUUAUAAACAGGCAAUUUUUAUCCAAAUAUAUUAACAGGAUGCACUGAGGCACAAUUUGAAAAAAUAAACCAUGAAGUUGCAGAUAAAAUCAAAGUGCAACUUUGUAAAUGAGGCUCCAGUUUUACUGCCAGGAAAGACACAACAGUUUAACCAUAAACUAAGAUGACGUUCUUUUGACGAUUUUACUUUUUGAGCACAAACUUAGUUAUUCUGUCAAUAAUAUCUUAAGGAGACAGUGACUGUAACAUCUUUGAAUCAUAUCUACUGCUCGACUGUGAGAACCAAAUGUGACAGGCUCUUUGUAUUUAAAUUGACUGAGUGGGACUGUUUUGUUUCUGGGUUUUCUGCUGUUAGUGGCUUCAAUUUUACUGUUGCCAAACUGAAUCAGCUGACAUGCUCAAAUGUAUUAAAAUACUGAAACAAUCUAA